ACGGGCGCUCGGGACGGUAGUCGAUAGAAGAUUCAAGUUAGUAGACAGACGAGGGCGAGUGCAGUGUGCAGUGCGUGCGUUCGUGAUCGCUGAAAGCUCGCAGCGAAGCCUCCGAAAGGCGUCGAGCGAGCGCCGCUCCGCGUCAGUGCCGGCCCGGCCGUGCCGUAAGCAUCACGCUCGCAACAUCACUAACAGUUUACUACUGGACAGUGACACACGACGAACAACCAUUCCCAUACGCAGCCCGCCUUCACUACUGAAGCGGAAUUUCCUUUGCAUCUACAAGUGAGACGACAGGCGGCCAAUGGAUCGGGGGCGCGCGGCGGCGGCGCUGUUAGCGCUGGCCGCGUGCGUCGCGUGCUCUUCAGCAGCACCGACGGCUAGCGACCACACUGCAUUAGAUAUACACGAAGGUCCAACGGAAGGAUGUUACUACAACUUUCAGCACUACGGUGAAGGCGAUCGAAUAAUGACGAACGAGCCCUGCCUCAACUGCACGUGUCACAAUCGAAUGUUAAUGUGCUACCUCAGAGUGUGCCCAUUUACAAAAGCAAUUGGCCAGGAUUGUACAGUGGAGAAGCGAGCUGAUCAAUGCUGUCCUAUAGUGACAUGCCCUGACGUUCCAGUUGACCUACUCACUUCUACUUCGACAUCUUCUCCUGCUGAAUAUGGACCAACUGGAAUGGGAAAAUUAGAUAAAUAUGGCUGUAGUAUAAAUGGAAAAUAUUUCCCUGAAGGGUCAAAGGUUCCACCAUCACCAAAUAAGCCAUGUGAACACUGCUACUGUAUUCGCAAUAUGACAACUUGUGUCAUGCAAGAAUGUACACUUCACGUCGACGGUUGCACACCAAUUUAUCAUAAGGACGUCUGUUGUCCAGUGCGAUAUUCCUGUGAUCAUACAGAAGACGAAAUACCUCUUUUAGAUGAUAUGACCACGACAGUUCGCCCAACACCUGGUUUCCUCUUGACAACCACAACAAUGAUGCCCGUCACACAAAUGACACAAGAUUGUAUACACGAUGAACAGAUAUUCCCAGAUGGAGCUUCAAUUAAAACCGAUAAGGCUUGUGAACAUUGUUACUGUAUGAAAGGAGAUAUUGUAUGUGUAGUACAAGAAUGUGGAACACCUAUGGAAAACGAAGGCAAGAAUUGUACAUCACUGCCACCCCGUCAUGGUCAAUGCUGUCCGGAUACAUAUAUAUGUGAAGGUGAUGAGCCCAGUUUAGAUAUAACCACAGAGGUAGCCAAUUUGACAUCCGCACCACCAAGAAGAGUUGGAGUUGAAGGUAGUGGUUAUAGAAAUGAACCUGAUGAACUAUAUACAGAAAGAGGUCCUUUCGAAAAUGAAGUUGAAGGUAGUGGAGAUACAUCUGAAGCAGACAUGCCGUCUAAAAUUUCUCCCGAUCCAAGAGAUGAAUUAUUAUUGAGUACGACGGAAAAAGAAGUUUACCUCAGCCAGACUACAGAAGCAGAUAAAGGAUUUAACACAAUACCUGAUACUAUUUCUGAAAAUGAACCCAUAGUGACUGUUGACCAAGAUUCAUAUGCGCCAUCAACAGAAUCAACGAUAACCGAUGUUAAAGCAACCGCCGAUGAAAAAUUAGAACCGUCCCAGGAUGUCACACGUAUGGAGGAAGAUGAAAAAUUCACAACAGAAACUUCUUUCCAUUCUCACGAAAUUGACGAAAUUAUACCCACCGAAAUUUCGAAACAAGAGGAAACUCCAACUUAUAUACCCGAAUCAACAACACUGAAGGAGGAAACCUUAGAAAAUUCAGCGACAGAGACUACAGAAUUAAAGAAAGAAACUGAACAAAUACCUAUUUCUACGGAGAGUGUAUCACUUAAAGAUAUUGUUACAACAGAAAAUAUUGUAAUUUCCGUAACCGAAAAAGAUACUUCUGAAGCAGAAACAUCUUCAGAUAGCAAAAUCUACAAAGAACCUGAAUUGACAACCAAUAUUGUCAGUAGUGUUACUGAACAAAAUGAACCCAAUGUGGAAAUGUCAACAUUGAAAGAAAUGAAUAUUGUAAAAGAUAUGACCACAGUUAGUGACAUCAAAGAAAUUCCUGAAACAACUUCCAUUAAUCCUGUCGAUAAUGAAGUUGACUACAUUCCGGCAAGAAUUCCUGGAGAAGGUGACUGUUUGUUGAAUGGCAUAACUUACGGUAAUAAUUCAGCAGUUCCAAGUACAAAUAAUUGCCAUUCAGGCUGCAGAUGUGUAAGCAGUAUUAUUAAAUGCGAUCCAAUCAUAUGUAGUCCUCCGCCAGAAUAUAUGGAAAAUAUGAAUGAUUGCCAAACUAGUUACGAUACGCCUGACGCAUGCUGUCCUACUUAUGUCUGCAACGCUAAAGAAACAAGCCUUCCACAAUCCCACAGUCAAACAUCUGUCACGGAAAUCAAACCCGCUGUCGCUGAUGAAUGUAAUGGUAGUGAAUGCAACUUUAAUGGAGAGAAACAACCAACACAUACUAUCUGUGAAUCAGGUAAUUGUGAGAGUGGCUCUAAGCAAAGUGAUUGCGGCUCUAAUGGUUGCCAAGACCAACCACUGCCAUCACAGCUCCCUGAAGAUUGUUUCGGAGAAAAAUGCUCUGUAUCACCAAUUACUCCAUGUGAAGGAGAAAACUGUGAGACAUCGGCUAAAACAGAAGAAGAUAUAAAUAAUGUUUCUCCCAGUAAACCUAUAUGUACUAAUGAACAUGGAUGUGAAACAACACCGACGGAAGAGAAGUGCAAUGAAGAAUCUUGCAGACGGAAAGAAAGUUCUGAGACUGAAACAAAUGUUCCAGUGGAAUGUUCAGGUUCUGACUGUCAGAUAAGUAAUGAACAAAAUGUAGCAGUUGUCGAAUUACCAAAUGCACCAUCCACGGAUAGAAUACUCAAUGAAAAAACCACAGAAACAAUUAUUAGUGAACUUGUAACUCAAAAUAUUUUAACGUCAGAAAAAGAAAUAAUAAGUGAAUCAUCUACAGAAUUAUCACCAGAAUUACCACCAACGAAGACUUAUCCAUCAGAGUCAUCCAGUUCAAAGACAACCGAAGAAACAACAGAAGUGCCAAUAAAAUCGGUCACGGAUAUUGAAUCAAAUAUGUCUACCGAUGUAGAUAUGCAAAAUCAAAUGGAUAUAUUGAAGGAAAAGACUGAUAAAUCGGAGACAUCUCCCAUCGAUUUCGAACCAACAUCUAGUGGUGCAACUGAAAACAUACACAUUUUAGAUGAACAAUCUUCUACAGAAAAAGUAAGUGAAACGAAACCUACAAAUGUGGAAGAAAUAGAAGCUGUUACUGAAAGUAGUUUGAAGGAUGAUACGGUUAUAAAUAAAGAUGUUUCACCUCAAGAUUAUACAACAGAAACUGUACAAACAAGUACUGCACAGCCUACAUUAUUGGACACCGAACAAGAUGAAACCUUUACUAAAUUACCAAAAGGUAAGGAUGAUGAUAUCGAACAACAUGUUACACAAGCCCCUAAAGAAAUUGAAGUCAAAUUAACAACGGAAAUCGAAUAUCAGCAAUCGACAACAGAAAAACAAGAAAAAGUGGAUAUAUUAUCACAAACAACUUUGAUUCAAGAAUCGAUGACUACUGAAUUACCUGAACCAUCUAUAACUGUAAGUGACACAGGAGAUGUAAGUAAAACAAUGGCGGGAUCAGAAGAUGAUACAACGGAACAUAUUCAAUACGAUAAAACUGAAAAGAUCUCAUCCCCAGGCGUUGAUACUACAGAUUCGCCAAUGCCAUCAAAGACAGAACAACAAGCUACUGAAAUAGAAUCUGUUACCUCAGAAUCAAGUACUGUCUACGACAAAGACUUUACCGUAAAACAUGAUACCUAUACUGAAUUACCACAAAUCACAAUAACCAAUUUGGAUACUAAAGUUGAUUCUGAUUCAUUACAAACCACUACAUUAGAAGAAUCAGAAAAAAAAGAUGAGGAACUUAGCACUCCUAGUUCAGUUACCAAAGACUCUGAACAAUUGGCAACGAAUACAGACCUAAUACAUCCAGAAGAUGAGCAUUCGGAGACUAAAUAUCAAGAAUAUCCUUCUUCAACAGAGAGUGAAUUAUUAAAACAUGAAGAUAGAAAUGAAGAUUUGAACAAGGAAGUAACAGAAAAACAGAUAACUGAAACAAAACAUGAAAUACCCUCAGAGCCAACACAAGAAGAUAGUGGAACCACAAAACUUGAUAUAUCCACCGAAGCAAUUGUAGAAAAGGACAUGGAGCCUAUUGGAGACUUGCAAACAAUCUCUCCAAUUACUAAUAAGGAAUCAACGAUAAAUCUAGUUAAAGAUGCUCCCGUCACAGAGUCUUCCCAUUAUGACACCUCUGAUUCAGAAACUGAAAGCGUAGAUAAAUAUUCAGAAUCUAAUACCACGCCUCCAGAUGUUUCUGUAAUAAAAGAAACUCCUGUAGUUCCUGUCGUGAGUGAAGUAAGUGAUAACGAAUCUUAUGAAACUGACAAAAAUGUUAUAAAACUUACAUCCCCAUCAUCAGAUGAAUCAUCUACUAUUGAAAAUACACAGUAUUCCGACGUUGAAAAAGGUGAAGAACCAACAACUUCAUUGCCAAAAGAAAUAACAGAAGAAAGCUAUCCAACUAUAGAUAUAAACUCACACACCCCAAUAAAAACAGAUGAUAUGAAACAAGAAUCUCCUGAACAUCAAAUACCCGAAAAAUCCGCGGAUAGAGAUGAUGAAGCAAUGGCUACUAUAACAACUACACUCCCACCAGUUACUAAUGAUGUAACUUAUGAUGUUCCUUCAUCUCAGUCUCCAAAUGAUGUUACCAGCGACGAAGUAAGAGUAACCUCAAGUUCCAACAAGGAUGAAAAAGAUGAAACAGAAGCUACUAUAACUAGCUCUGAUGAACAUGUAUCCGAAAAAACAGAACAUAGUGUACAAGAAUCACAUCGACGACACUACAGAAUUGCCAUACUUCCAAACAACUUCAGUCAAUUUAGAGGAUAUUCAACGGUAUCGCGACGUCAGAAUGAAGUUCACAAAACUACUAACAUGCCAGAAUCUGAUUCAAGCGAUAUCGAAAAGUCUGUAACAACAUUUAAUCCUUUAAUAACGGAAGGUGAAGAAGUUACUGAAAAAAUAAUCAAUACGGACAUGGCAGACCAAGAGUCUUCUACAGAAAUUUCUAAGGACGAAAUAUUGGAUGACAAAAAUAUUCAACCAACUACAGAAAACUCUGCAGAAGUACAAACUGAACAUGAUAUAUCCCUAAAUGGAUUUACUAAAGAUAAAGAAUUAGAAAAUGAAGAAUUACUAACUUCUGUGAAUUAUAUGUCUUCAACUCAAUCUAAAGUAACCAGCCAAUUUGAUGAAGCGACAGAGAUUUCAGUGACACCCAAAGCAGAAGUAGAAAGCGAUCAGAAAGAGGAAAAAAUUAGCACGGAGGAACCAAAACAAUCUACCCAAUUUGAGAAUGAAGAUUCUAUCCAAGAUGAACAUCACACUAUUUCUUCGCUUUCAAAAGAACAUUCUUAUACUGAAUCACCCAUGGAAAUUGAUAUAAGUCAUUCAAAUUCAGAUAAUGAAAUAGAUAGUAACGUGGGAACUACCGAACCUGUAAAAUUGAAAGAAGAAGAUUUGCCAAUACCUCAAGAUGUAUCGUCUAAAGAAACGUACACUAUAACGGACGAAAGUCAAACAGUUCCUACAAAAUUGGUAUCGGAAGAAAAAGUCGUAACCACAGAAGUUGCUCCUACAGAACAAGAAAAGUUAUCAACAUAUUCAGAAAUGGAUAUAAAGGAAGGCGAAAAGGACACCAGUGAAGUAACAAAGAGUCCUGAAAUUAUGAACGUUGAAUCAGACAAAUAUCUGACAACUGAAUCGUUACAAUCGGCUGAUAUUCACGAAAAAGAAGCAUAUCCAUCCAAAAUUCCAGAUGUAGUAGAAGAACAAAGCACGCCUAGAUCAGAUACUGACAGUGUAACAAAACUGGUUGUACCCGAAACUUUCGAAACUACAGAAAAACAAUACGUAACUAAAUCUGAUGACGAUGAAAUAUCCAAAAUCUCAGAAAUCCCUGAGCAACAUGGCACUUCACUAAGCGAUAUCGAAAGUGUAACUCAAUUAAUUGAUACUGAACCUUCCAGUACGGAAAAGCAAUACGAGACAAAGUUAGACCAGGAAGAUGUUCCUACAAUUUCACAAGUAAUUGAAGAACAGAGUACUUCUCGCAUUGAUACAGAAGCGAUAACAGAACCAAAGUAUUCUGAUGUUCCCACUACUGAAAAGCAGUCUGAUCAGGAAGAAAUUCAUGAGAUCCUGGAACCAAAUGAAGAACAAGGUACUUCUCAGAUUGGUGACGACACUUCAACAAAGGAAGACGACAUCAAAUCAUACACAACUGAGAAACAAUACGAUAAUAAGACAGAAAAAGAAGAAACUGAGAAGAUCCCAGUAUUUGUAGAUGAACAAAGUACACCCCAAAGUGAUAUAGAAAGUGCAACCAAAUUUGGUGAAGCUGAACGUGAUACAACUGAGAAGCAAUAUGUAUCUGAAACAGACCAUAAAUAUUCUGAAGUAACGGAUGAACACACAACAUCUCCAAAUCAAAUUGUGACACAAUCUGAAGAUUUCGUUCAAAUUACUACUGAAAAAGAAUACGUCACAUCAGCGAAACAAGAAAUACCUAAGAUUGUGGAAGAAAAUGAAAAGCAAAGUACACCUCAAAUUGAUAUUGAAAUCGUAACAAAACUGGAAUAUCCUGAUUUGGAUUCUGUAACAACUGAAAAAACACACGAAAUUAAAUAUGAUCAAGAAGAUGUAUCUAAGUCUCCUGAAAUAAUUGAAGAACACGGCACUUCCCACUUUGAUUCUGAUAGUGUAACGAAACUUGAGGAUAACGACGCUUUCACAACUGAAAAGCAAUACAUAACAAAAUCUGAUCUAGGGGAAACUUCUGUUGUAAUUCAGGAACAAAGCACAGAAGCAUCCCGAAUUGGCUCUGAGACUGAGACUAAAGUUGAGGAUAUUGGAGCUUCUACUACUGAAAAACAAGACGUAACAAAAAUUUAUAUUGAAGACACUCCUUCUGAUAAAGCAGAAACUAAUGUUUAUGAAAAAGAUAUUAUGGAAACCGAAAAAACUACUUCCUUACCUGUUAUAAGUAUUGAUACUACUGUAAAAUCUGAUAUGCCAGCUUUCGAUUUACAUAAACCGUUAGAAGAAGUAACCGAAGUUUCAACAAAGGAUGAGUCUUCAACUAAAGGUAUUCCGGCAGAUGUGACUGUAAGCACCUCAGUGUCAGAGAACGUUGAAGCUACAACUAAAUUAAUGAUGCCUGAUGCCGUCAAUGUAGAUAAUGUAGAAAACUAUAACACGGAACGAGAUUCAGAAGUAAGUUCUUUCACAGAAGAGGUAGUAACUGUAAAGGAGUCUGAAAACAAAACACCAAGUAAAGCAGAAACGGAAGAAGAAAUCACAUAUAGUGAAACAACACCAUAUUCUGUUUUACUAGAGGAACAUACCCAUUCGGUCCUAGAAGAUACCUCAUCUGAUAUUGUCAUUGAAGAGUUACCAACUACUGUCAGAAUCGAAAAACAACCAGAAAGGGGAGAUCAAAUUCCCGAUACAUAUGACAAUAACGACGAAUAUGGACACUCAACAGAAAAACCGAUCGAACAAGAGGUUAUUACACAAUCUUAUGAGAAAAUAACUAGUCCGGAUGUUGAAACAGUUACCAGUGCUGAUGAUGUAGAAAUUUCAACAAUCGCCGAAAAAGUACCACCAAUAGCUGAUGACCAAUAUGGAGACAAAAAAUAUACGUCUUCUAUACCAGAACAAAAAAUAACAACUCCAAUACCAACUAUUAAGGAGGAAGAACAAGGCACUACAGUUUCCUCAUCUUCAGAUAAGGAAUUCACAACAUUGAGAGAUAUUAUAUAUAGUUCCGAAAGGCCUGAAAUCACUGCAAGUCCAUCUAAAGGUGAAGGUGAUGAAGACGUAUCGCCUUCUAGUACAACUAAACAUCACGAAGAUUUAACAACUCAUUCACCAAUAACCGAAGAAAAAGAAAAGCCUUUCAGCUCAUCACCUAUUCCAAGUUCUUCAGAAAUGCCCGAAAUAAUUGAUGAAUCUCAUGACGAACAUUCACCUGAAUUACCUCCAAGUGGACCAGGUGGUUAUGGUACGGAACCAGACUAUGUUGAAGAAGAUCCAGCUUUUGGCCCUGGCACCUGUCGAUACGGUGGAAAAGUAUACGUGUCAGCACAGCAAAUACCAAGGGAUGAUCCAUGUGAUUUCUGCUUUUGCUUUAGAAGCGAUAUCAUUUGUCUCCAACAAAGCUGUCCUCCUCCUAUUCAUGGUUGUCAUGAAGAACCAAUACAAGGUUUCUGUUGUCCACGAUACGAAUGUCCUGUAUCGAUGGCAACUACAGUGAAUGUAACAACAACUACUACCACAACGACUACAACUUUACCUCCUCACUUCCUCCCUCAUGCCUAUAAAGGAGCAGCUCAAAGAAGAGGAUGUCAAAUUAAAGGCCACAGUUACAAAGUAGGAGAAGUCGUCCGAGCAUCAUCAGGCCCCUGUUUACAUUGCACGUGCGGUGGAGACGGCCAAAUGAAAUGUGACCCUAAAGCUUGCACCCCUGAACCAAUGUUAAGACAAAUGAUUGCUGCAGCCGUAUCCGCUAAAAGGCGGAGGUGAAAAGGCACGGAAGAUUACGUAAUAUCAUGAAGUUUGUUAUCACAACAUUACAUCUAUAGGAUAAUAAUUUCAUGAAAUCGUUUAUGCACAAGAAUAAUGCUCAAAUUUCGCGAUGAAUUAGAUUAAGAUUUCGUGUCAUAUGUAGUAAUCGCUAUUAAUAUUAUUAUAAUUUUCAUAGUGUCGUGGCACGCACACUCCAAACUUUUUCAAUGAAUCAACCAUGACUGUGAUUAAAAUGUUAUAUAUAAUUAUUUUCAAAAUAUCAUUUUUAUUAACAAGUCAUUUUAAAAGUUUAUUUAUUAUUAAUAUUUUUACAAAAGUCAGUGCCAAACGGUAGAGCUAAGUUACAACUAUGUCCCUAAUAAAUGGGUACUGAUAAAUUAUGUGUCUGGCCUUGACGAAGCUAUGAAAAUUUCUCUUUGAAUUCUCUUAAUGACGUUAGAGCUUCGUGGGUCAGUUAUGAUCGCCGAAAUCUUGACCAUUUUUACAUAUUAAAAACAAAAAUUGUUUUACCGAUAUAAGUUUAGUCAAUUCUUGAUUUUUACACGAUGUUACAUACAUAAUAUACAAUCUAGUAUCGUGUAAAUUUUAAGUAUGUUAAGAAGCCCAGAUUUUGUAAAUGCCUUACUUAAUUUGUAAUAAUUUAUAUAUUUUAGGUGUAUAGUACUUAAGCCAUGUUUCGAGACCAGUGACUAUUAUAAUUUAGGAGUAAAACGAAGGCCCCUUUACAAUGAUUAUGAAAAGUGUUGGCUGAAGUGUCAAACAAGUGUUCAAACAUGGCCGAUACUUUUCUCAUUACACUUAUUACGGAAAACGACAGUGUGUAUCCUUGUUUUCUUUAAUUCGUGUUUUGAUAUACUAGCACUUCUGAACAAGUGGCCGAAAAAAAAACAUUUUGGAAAAUAAUUUACAAUGUAGCUUUACUAAAAGGCAUAUUGUAGGAUCUUUUGUAAUUUUUGAUAUAAAAGUGCUGGUAGAUUAUAUUGAAUAUUUGAAUCCCAGAUCGAGGCUUGUACGAAAGUUUCUAGACUGUUGUAAUCGCUAUACUCGAGACAGUUAAUAGGCGAUUGCAUUAAUUCGUACCAUCCUCUUUCUGUAUAAUGAGGUUGUAGUUAUAUCUCCUUAUUUAUUUUAAAGUUUAUAGCAAUAGUAAUACAUAUUUGUUUAAACUGGUGAUAAAAUGUAUUGUUCCAAAAGUAGUCCAUGGUUUAUUGCAAUUCAAUAAUAAAUAAAGUGUCAAUUAUAUUAUUUUAACAUUUUACCGAUCAUGAAAAGUUAGGAUCUAACUGCUGUAAACUUAUGCAAACAAGUUUUAAAUAAAAUAUUUCAAGUCGA